AUGGCACUCUGGAGACCUUACGUCGACGAAGCGGCCUUAGACUUAUCUAAGUCCGCAGAGAAAAACAUAAACGAAACACCGGCGAGCAAACUGUCCACGGCUUAUCUGUGUAACGACACCAGGUACACUGUACCUGCAUCUGUAUUAGUGUCACCUGUUUCUUCGGGAGAUAGUGCUUCUAUAUCGUCGAGCUACGAAACCAUUACUCCAAGUUACUCCACGAAUUACGCACAAGAAUCGUCUUUACGAAUUUUCUCAUGUGCCUCCGGAUCCUCUUUAGACAUGGAUACUCUGAAUGAGGAUCCCAAUUACAAAGCCUUUGAGAGCACAGCACUAAAGGCUAUGGCGGAGAAAAACGGCGGGAAGAUAUUAGUGGACAACCCAAGGAUGCGUCGAGCCCUUCAUUCCAAAAAACAGGACUCAUCUACUGACGCUUACAGAACGCAAAGGGAGAAGAAUAAUAUCGCUGCAAAACAGAGUAGAGAUCGGAGGAGAAUGAAAGAAAUUAAUCUUUGCUUGAAACUCACGUAUUUAAAAAGUGAAAUCGCGAGUUUACAAUCUAAGGUAGCUUUAAGAGUGUGUAGUCAAUACAACGAAUAUAUCACCACAAUGUCUCUACCGACUUCAAACGUAGACGAACCACUCGAUUUGAGCCUGUCUGUAAUAAAAAGGGAACGAACAUUACCAGCCUAUGAAAUCUUGCCUAGCGGAUCUCCAAAUUACAACUAUGGAAGACCACAGCAUGCGUCACCGAAUACUGGAAUCUACUAUCUCAGCUAUGCAGAUCAGGCACUUGUGCCUUCGGCUUACGUUUCACAAGCCUCGGUCGACAACAUCGCGCAUUGGUCGCCGCCUUUAAUAUAUGAAUCUGAAGCCAUCAAUCACUUUCAACGUUACAAGCCUUUUGGAUCACUACCAUCGGCGGCAAACCCACCAGAAGAAUACGACGUUGAGUCCUUGGAUAACGAUAUCGAGUACCAGGCUUUCGAAAGAGAUGCCUUGCAAGCGAUGGCAGAGAAGAACGGCGGAUCUCUGCUAGGUACUAACCCACGCAUGCGUCGUAUUGUCCAUACCAAUCAAGCCGCAGAUGAUAAUUACCGACGACAGCGAGAGAAAAAUAAUUUUGCCGCAAAGCAGAGUCGCGACAAAAGGAGGCUUCGAGAAGUUCGUUUGGCUCUAAAAGUGACAUUUCUGAAGAAGAAAAGGGACGAACUCCGAGCGAUGUUGGCUGCUGGUGUUUGCGGUCGAUGUUAUUGUAGAUCAGUGUAA